AUGUGUUUAAUCACUAUAUUCUCCUCUUUCAGGCAGCUCCACACCACCACUAACUUCCUCCUCCUUUCUCUGGCUGUCGCAGACUUUCUUGUGGGUUUUCUACAGAUGCCAUUUAAUAUCUUCAAAUAUGGAAACUGUUGGCUCCUGGGUGAAUUUGGAUGUGCUGUGUAUAUUUUUUUUAGCUUUAUCAUCGUCAGUGUGUCAGUAGGAAACAUGGUUCUGAUAUCAGUUGACCGUUAUGUAGCUAUUUGUGACCCCUUAUUGUAUCCUACAAAAGUCACUAUGAAAAGAGUUCAGUUCAGCAUUUAUUUGUGUUGGAUAUUUUCAACUGUUCAUGGUGUUUGGAUACUGAGGGAUUUCCUCCAACAACCAUACAGGUAUAGCUCCUGUUAUGGGGAGUGUGUACUUGUAGUUAAUUAUGCUGGAGGAGCUGUUGACCUUGUUGCGACUUUCCUGGGCCCCAUUGUUGUCAUCACAGUUUUAUACAUGAGAGUAUUUGUGGUGGCUGUGUCUCAUGCUCGUGCCGUGAGAUCCCACGCUGCGUCAGGCACACAGCAGAUUUCAGUGACAGUAACUGCUUUGAAAUCAGAAAUAAAAGCAGCCAGGACUGUUGGUGUUCUUAUAAUUGCUUUUUUUGUGUGUUCUUUUCCAUAUUAUUGUUUCACCAUUGCAAUUGCACUCAAUUUAGUCGAAACUGCAACUGGAGACGGUGAGGAGUGGUUGCUAUAUUUUAACUCCUGUCUGAACCCAGUUGUGUAUGCUUUUUGUUAUCCGUGGUUCAGACGGUCUGUUAAACUCAUUGUUAACCUUCAGAUCCUGCAGCCUGACUCCUGUGAGAUCAGCAUACUGUAG